UUUGUUCGUUCUUUAAGUCUGUAAACGGUACGUAUUAAAUCUGAUCUGAUCACAUCCAUAGGAAUUUUAAACUGUACUACCAUUGUUCGCAUCCACCAAACAGUCAGCUGUUUUGCAGCCAGUCUGCGCUUAAAAUUCGUACAAAAUGUUUAACCUUUCACGUACUCCAUGAUAAUAAGCAUCUUAUCAUCCAUGGCUGGGGCAGCAGUAGACGAUCAUAACGGAAGCACUUGAGCCUAAACCUGUACAUCGGAUGCCCCUGCAAUCAGCCCGUCCGUGGCCUGCUGGAUAAAAUCUCCACGGCGUCGAAUGCCCGUGUCCGUAACAAGACGGUUCGUGGGAUGGAUUAUCGUGUUAUGCUGCAUCUUACUACCACCAGGAAUCGCAGCGCUGAAGUGUCGUGACUGCAGCUGGGUGACGGAUACGGAAGACUGUCGCAUACUCAAUCCUAACGAGAUGAUCACGUGCGAGCCAGAUGCGAAAUACUGUAUCGAAUGGGCAUACUUCACGGAUGACAGCUCAGCCGGUCGCCCAGGAUUACUGUACUAUGGCAUCACGCGAGGUUGCUCCGAGGCGUACGACCAUCCCGUAUACGACCGAGUGUAUAAAGCCAUUGCUUCCUAUGACGAUCCAGGACUGAACACCAUCUGCCUACUGGAGAAGCUCAAUGCCCCGCUGGAUGGUACCUAUGCCAAUCGAGUGUGCAUCUGCCGGGAAGACGGCUGCAAUAGUCACACCUGGAAUAAUCUCGUAGUGCAACCGUUCCUCGAGAAAAACUUCACCGACCAUUCCAUUCCAAUUUUUCCCAAGCUUGGUUACAACAAACUGCCAAAGGAGAGGGGUGGUACCAAUGAUGCACCAGUCUACAAGUAUCCUAUGGAUCCAAGUCGUCUGACCCGAUCUGGCAACAUUACCAGCUCUGCCAUUGCAACUUCCGUGGAACCGCUCGGUCUCGUGGUGCAACGUGUAUGGUGUCUCAGCUGUUUAGUAAUUUUCUCUGUUUGUUAUUAGCAAAUUGAUCCGAGAUUCCCGCCGCCGUGUAAAUACGUUGUAUGGAUGUACACCGAUAAAACGUAAUAACGAGAUUCAGUAAAAAAUCUUCAGCGAACGGUCGGUAAACGU